AGGUGUUAUUUUACAUUCUCCAUGGCCUAAUCUUGAAUAUUUCGAUAGAAUUGAUACAUUCUCUACAGAUAAUUAUUUCUCAUUAGCACUUGCAACAAAUUUAAGACAAUUAAUAAUUGGUAAUGAUACAUAUUGGUUUGAUGUGACUGAUGAGCAACUAAGUAAAAUAAGUCCAAAAGAUAAUUCAUAUAAAGGAUUUCCACCACUUUAUAUAACAGUUGGUACAGAUGAAAUAUCAUUUGAUGCAAUUCAUGAUAUGACUGAGAAAAUGAAAUUAUCAGGUGUAGAAGUUAUAUUAGAUGAAGGUGAAGGAUUGAUGCAUACAUAUGCUUUAUUUCAUAUGUGGUCACCUCAAAGUGGAUGGAUUCAAGAGAAAAUUCGUCAAUGGAUUCGAGAAAAAUUGUUAAUUGGAAUGCAAUCAAAAUCCAAUGUAAAGAGGGUUACAAAAAAUCCAGGAUGUAUUUAGAAUUCAGUACCAAGGUCUUUUGAUGUGAUUUAAAUUUGGAUUUGAACUGUAUGUCUUGGUUUGUAGGUUAUAUUUGGAAGUUAACUUUGGAUUUGGGUGGACUUUGUAUAAACAGUUCGGAACUUUGUAUCAUAUAUGUAUUAGAUAAAGUUGAGAUUUAUGGGAAAAGUUUCUCAAGUGAUCAAUCGCUUUUGUUUAUGAAAACAUAUGUGACUCUAUGCAAUUUCCUGUGCUGAUUUCGAAUAUGAGCGUUUUAGAAGGUCUUAGGCCUUUCUUGAUUCUGUGUCAUUACUCUGAUCCUCCUUCUAAGAAAUGAGUUACUCAUCGAAAUUUAAUCUUUUAAUCAGUCUACCAUAUACGACUAGACGAACCAUGUAAAGAAAAGUUACUUUAGUUUACUUUAUUAAUAUUAGAAGUACUUAAAAGUGUUUUUUUCACUUUCUUUUUACAUGGGAAGAUAUUCACAGAAAUACUUUUUUUUAUAGACAUUUCAGUCUCAAGUUCCGAAUACGGAACUAUAAAUUUGUAUAUUGACUACAAACAGUCAUCUGAUAUUUCUUUUCGUUUUAUCAUCAUUUAUUGACAAAUUAAUCAUAUUAAGAAGAAUAUAUAACAAUAGAAAAAAUAGAAAAUACGUAUGCUAAUUUUUCAAAGUAUAAAAUAUUGGCACGAUGAGAAUAUAUUUCUAA